GGGCGGGGCGGAGCUGUACUUCCUUGGCCUUGGCGGGAACUUACAAGUCACAUUGAGCCGAGAAACGUCCAGUGUUUUCUCCAGCUACAAACAAAAUGAAUAUUCCCGUGCUGCUACAACAUCCUCACCAGCAUUUCCUAAAAGGCCUUUUGAGAACACCUUUCCGACGUUACCACUUCAUCUUCCACUCAAGUGCUCAUCUCAGGUCAGGGAGUCCAUGUGCUCGGCCAUUGGACUCCCUGGGACUCCAUUGUACAAAGUGGAUGCUGCUGUCAAAUGGUUUAAAGAGACCAUUAUGCGUACAAACAACCUUAAAGGGACACACAGAAGGACUUUCUGAUAAAGAACAAAGAUUUGUGGAUAAACUUUAUACGGGUUUAAUCCAAGGGCAAAGGGCCUGCUUAGCAGAGGCCAUAACUCUUAUAGAAUCAACUCACAAAAGGAAAAAAGAGUUAGCCCAGGUGCUUCUUCAGAAAGUACUGAUCUACCACAGAGAGCAAGAGCGAUUAAAUAAAGGAAAACCACGAGCAUUUCGAGUGGGAUUGUCUGGGCCCCCUGGUGCUGGAAAAUCAACCUUCAUAGAAUAUUUUGGAAAAAUGCUUACCGAGAGGGGGCACAAGCUCUCCGUGCUGGCCGUGGACCCCUCUUCUUGUGCUAGUGGUGGAUCACUCUUGGGUGAUAAAACCCGAAUGACUGAGUUAUCAAGAGAUAUGAAUGCCUACAUCAGGCCAUCUCCCACUAGAGGUACUCUAGGAGGGGUGACAAGGACCACCAAUGAAGCUAUUCUGCUGUGUGAAGGAGGGGGCUACGACAUCAUUCUCAUUGAGACUGUAGGUGUGGGUCAGUCGGAGUUUGCUGUUGCUGAUAUGGUUGACAUGUUUGUUUUACUACUGCCACCAGCAGGAGGGGAUGAAUUGCAGGGUAUCAAAAGAGGUAUAAUUGAGAUGGCAGAUCUGGUAGCUGUCACCAAAUCUGACGGAGACCUGAUAGUGCCGGCCCGCAGGAUCCAAGCAGAGUACGUGAGCGCACUGAAGCUGCUCCGCAGGCGCUCGGAAGUCUGGAAGCCGAAGGUGGUUCGUAUUUCUGCCAGAAGCGGAGAGGGGAUCACCGAAAUGUGGGACAAGAUGAGAGAGUUCCGGGAGCUGACGCUUGCCAGCGGGGAGCUGACCGCCCGGCGCCGGCAGCAGCAGAAGGUCUGGAUGUGGAAUCUCAUCCAGGAGAGCGUGUUGGAGCACUUCAGGGCCCACCCCACGGUCCGGGAGCAGAUUCCUCUGCUGGAGAGGAAGGUCCUCAGUGGGAUUCUCCCCCCGGGACUGGCGGCGGACUUGCUGCUGAAAGCUUUUCAGGCCCAGACUAAUGAGAUGCAUCCUAUGCAGUAAUUUUCCUUAUCGCUUCCUAAAGUGUUUUCAUAUUGAAAGUCCCCCGUGUGCUUACAUUUUUAGUAAUGCUUUCAGGGCAUCUGUGGCCUCCAUCUUGGGGAGCCGUGCCUGCAGACUGGAAGAGCGUUAGAUAUGGAUGGCAGAGGCGGGCAGUACUCGCGAGGCGCCUGCUGCCUCUUACUGGUUUCGGGCCUUUCUCUUUCUCUCUGUUCUCUGCCCCGGCACCAUGGCCUGUAGAAGAGUUCUCAGCCGUCAGGAGCGGAGAAGGCUGAAGACAGCAGAAGAUCAAGUACCUUAAAAUGCUUCCCUUGAUUCUCUGUCCUCUGGGAAUUUUGAGGGACCAUGUAAGCAAGAGUCACCACGUUUCGGAAGCCUCACAUGAGGCCAGAAUCACGCACGGUGAGGCUCUGAGAGCUGAAAGCCAUGACUGAGGGUUCCAGGCAUUUCUGAGAUGGCCAUCCAUGUCCACGAGCAACAGAACAGCUGGAAGGUGUAGGGGUGUGAACACAACGUUAAAGUUUCCUUACCUGUAAAAUUAGGAGAAGGAAAGCUACUUUAUUGGGUUGUUGGAAUAAUUAAAUGAGAAAUUAUAAAAUGCUUCGCACUUAAUAAUUGGGUUAAGUGUUGUUAGAAAUAUUACACAGAGACAUGAGAUAUAAAUAAAUAUGUGUUACUGAUAUGCUGAAAGGUGUGAGCUUCAUGGAAAGGGUUAAUUAACCUUUAACCUAAUUACUGGUAACACUGAAAC